AAAAACUACGUGUUAGAGAAGGGGAGAUCCUCGAAAGUAGAUCAUACAAAUUUUGCCAAUGAGAAAGAACAUACGAGCGUGGCUGAUGUGCAGAAAAAAGCUACAGACAAUAAAAUUCAGCAUCAAGAGAACUAUUCAGAAACCAAAGCAUAUGGAAGUGAUCUCAAAUCACAGUCGCAUAUGUCGGCGAGAAACAUUGAUAGACUGAUACAGGAAGGCCAAGAUGCAUUUCAUGCUGGUAACAAUGCAGGCGCUAAACAGAAAGCAUUACUGGCGAUAGCAGGUAUCAAUAUAGAGAAAGAGAGAUUACUUACAGGCAAGAAUACAGACAUAAAUGAACAACAGCUUGGAGACUGGUAUGGUGGGUGUUCUUUCAUUAUGAACAAGAUUGGAGAAAACGUAACAGCAACAAAAUGCUUCUAUACAGCAAUUGUUUUCGAUCCGUCAUGGGAUGUUAUCAGCCAUAUAAACGUUUCAAAUGUUCUUUGGACGUCGCUUGUCUUCUCAAAGGACAUAGACGAUCUGUCCAGCGAAUAUAAGGGACUCAGACGUCUGCUGAUAGAAAUAGAUGACUUGGCAAAACUUGCAGAGAGUCGAGGCAAAUGGAAUGUUUGUGUUGCAGCUGAUUGUGACAUCAACAAAAUCUUCUCCUACUUGAUGCGACAAGGCCACGCAGACAGUGUAUUGAUCAAACAACCGGGACGAGAGGCAUCUUUGUGGCGCUCUGCAAGAUGUUUUCUCCGAAUGGGAAUGCAGGAAAAUGCAAGGAAGCUUUGUAGUACAAUUUUUCAACAUGCGUGUGAUUAUGACGACCCAGAGGCUUUCGAGAUUUGGGCUUUCUCCUUGUAUGCUACAAAAGACUUUGACCUAGCUCUCGAAAAGUGCGAGUUAGCUCUAAAUUAUUGCAAGGAUAAGAACUACAGACAACGAUUAGAAGCGUUUCGAUCAGAGAUACAAAAGCAGAUUGCGGUUAACACUCGCCCUGAACAGAAUGGAAAAGCUGGCAAUACAGGUGUUAACUCUACAUCAGCUAACUUUAAGAUAAAAGACUUCGUGCCUGGUUUUGAUAGAGUAAUCUCGCUACAUCGGGCAAAAACAUUGAAUGCAAUCAGGAACAUGGCUAUGAAUAGCGUUUGGUGA